AUAUCGUUUUCUCUUCAUUCCAGGUUUGAAUGCGUGCGAAAGGAAAUCAUAUCUCUUCUUGAGGAAGGAACUGCCUGUCAGGCUGGCAAACAUAAUGAAGGAGAUAGCGCUACUGCCGGAGAACCUGCUGCGCAUGCCGUCCGUGGGGCUGGUGAACCAGUGGUACGAGCGCUCCUUCGAGGAGAUCAUACAGUUCGAGCAGAUGGAGCCGGAGCCACCGAUACUCAGCUCUUUCUGCGAGCGCCUGGUCCACAUCCGCAACCGGCACGCGGACGUCGUGCAGACGAUGGCUCAGGGCGUGCUGGAGCUGAAGGAGUCGCACGAGGUGGACCCUGGCACUGAGAACUCCAUACAGUACUUCCUCGACAGGUUCUACAUGAGCCGGAUAUCUAUCAGGAUGCUGAUCAAUCAGCAUACCCUCCUGUUCGGCGACGAGCUGGGUCCCCGGCAGGCGUCAGUGGCCGGCGUGGGCGGCGGCGGGCGACACAUCGGCUCCAUCGACCCGGCGUGCGACGUGGCCGCCGUCGUGCGCGACGCCUACGAGAACGCCAGGUUCCUCUGCGACAGGUACUACCUGGCGUCGCCCGAGCUCAGACUGCUGCAGGAUGGAGUUCCCUCGGACAAGCCGAUGCCCAUAGUAUACGUGCCCUCGCACCUGUACCACAUGCUGUUCGAGUUGUUCAAGAACUCGAUGCGCGCCGUGAUGGAGUGCCACGAGGACGCGCCGCCGCCCAUCACCGUCAACCUGGUGCGCGGCCAGGAAGACGUCUCGGUCAAGCUGUCGGACCUGGGCGGCGGCAUCCCGCGCAGCGUGUCGGACCUGCUGUUCAAGUACAUGUACAGCACGGCGCCGCAGCCCUCGCGCUCCGACGCGCACACCGUGCCGCUCGCAGGUUACGGCUACGGGCUGCCGAUCUCGCGGCUUUACGCGCGCUACUUCCACGGGGACCUGCUGCUCAUGUCCUGCGAGGGGUACGGGACCGACGCCGUCAUCUAUCUCAAGGCCCUCUCGAACGAAGCCAACGAGCUCCUGCCGGUGUUCAACCGCACAUCCACGAAGUUCUACAAGCCGGUGUCGCAGCUGGGCGACUGGUCGGGCUCGCUCAACACGGCCAGCAGCUCGCACUGCCGCGCCCGGGACAAGGUGUCGCCGCUCAGCACGCACCAGCACAGCCUGUAGGGGGCCGCGGGUAGGUAUGGGGGACUUGCGGAGGGACCGGCACGGAUCUCCAGCGCUCGGCGGAAGACUGGGCAUCGCUUUCCGCAUCGAGAAAUAAAACGACUAUCAAUUGUGCGUACUCGUCGUCUUGAGGUGCAUGCAACUGCAGCAAACAACGAAUUUCGACUCAUCCCUCAUGUCGGCUAUGACGCGAUGCGCUGCGGGACAAUCACUGCACUUGAGACCUCCCCGCCGGUAACUCCGUGCUCUCCGUGCGGGUAACUAUACAUUGGUUUUGAACAGUCCUGUCUACAUAACUAGGCUUUGUAAGCCUGAUGGAACAAUCUAGAACGUUUUUAUCCUUAUUUUAUAUAAGUGUUUUUAUAUAUCAGAUGUUGAUGUAAAGAAAAUAUUUAUUUGAUAGUUUUUUUUUUGAGGCAAUAAAGGCUUGUCUAUAAACUAAUCUGUGUAACUUUGUAUGGAGGAUUUUUCUGAAGAUGUGCGUAUAUAGCCUUAUGAUAACUUCAAAACUUUGAAAGCUACCCUCAUAACUCGAGAUCUAAUGAAAAAAGUAGCAAUGUUUACCCUUUCAAGUCGUGAACUACCUAUACCUAGGCUUGGGAUCUAAAUACACUUAAUAUAUUCAUUAUAAAAAGAGGUUUAAUAGGAGUGGUUUGUCACCAGUGCUUUUUAUUAAGAAUAAAAAAAUAAAGAUGGCUGCUGCUGUCAAAAAACUUUUUAAAAAUAAAAAUUAUUGCUCGAAUACGAAUUUGUUGUAUUUCGAAAUGACUUCGAAUCAUGUAUAAUAAUAUUAUAAAUAAAAAAAUUUCAAUCGAGAAAUCAUGAAAUAAAAAGCACUAUACAGGCUGUUUUAAAAUUAUUAUUUAAUAAAAUCGCCAUUUAUAAAUGAUGGUGUACAAUUUUAGUAUAUUUUUGUAUGUGAUACUCGGCUUAAUUAUUUGUUUUUCGGGGCUCGCAAAGGAACUGAUAAUAAGAGCUCGGCUGUUAUUCUAUCAUUUUGUUUCAUCACAACUGAAACUACAACUAAUUGACCAAUAGUAAUUUAAUGAACUGACAGUUAAUAUUAUCCCAUUAUUUUAUUUGGCUGUGAAUUAUACGGAAAUUCUUGAAAAGUGUUGGUAGGCAGGUGAUCAGAAUAGUCGACAUCGCAAAGGUAAUUUAAUUACAGAUAAGAUCGCAAAACAUCGUUUAUUCUCAACGUAAUUACCACACAGUACAUGGCUAGGCAGACAACAUUAUUCUACUAAUGCUGAGAAUCAUACUGAGACAAGACUUUGUCACAUUCUGAGGAAACAAUCAAUUAUACAUUUUAUUACUUAGAUUAAAAGUAGUAUCUCUACAUCUCUGGCAUAAUAUCUAUGAACCAAAAUUAUAAAAAAUAUGUUUUUGAACUUCACAUUGUUUUUUUGUCAUCAAGUAUCUAGGAUCUGCCUUCAUCACAAAACUUGGAUCUUUUCUGACCUGCAAGUAGUAAUAAGAAAUGUUAAUAACUAUGGCAAGGAGUAUUGGAAUCUAAGGCUUUUCGUGCUUUCUGAGGCAGGAGUAAAUAUCGCCACACUCUCUGGCUCUGAAUGAGACAGAAUGUUUUAUUAAAUAUUGCUAUUUACCUUAAUAUUGCCUCAAGUUUUGGCCGCUACGAUGAUUCCAAGCUGUUCCAAUGACGUUUUUCUUGACUGUUUCGGUGUUCCAUACAUCAUUAUAUCACGUUGGUGGGCACAAAACUUCAAUUUACAAAAGAUUUUCUUGGAGUAUUAAUAUGUCUGCUUUCUGUUGACAAAUAUUAUAGUUUUAUUUUUCUUCAAGAAGAAACGUGACGGACACAAACAUGCCAGUAUCAAGGACAUAAAACCAAAUAGGUUUAACGAAUGAAAAAAAUAGGAAUCCAUAUAUUUUUUUCUGAACUUUGCGACAUGGACAUUCUGACUGCAAUCACAAACAUAUAAAAUAAAUUUCGUAUAAAAUUUGAGUUUUCCUACAUAAUAAAUAAGGGGGAUUGAAACAAAAUGAUAAAAUAAAUGUUCAGGUACAGAUAUUAAAACUACUCUACUAAUAUCUUAGGAUUAGACAAAAUAUCAUAGGUUAGAAUAAAUUAGGCAUAAGGCAGUAUGACUGUGAGGGAGUUUAUACUUUUAGUUAUAAAUAAUUUCUACGACCAUUUUCUUUUUGCACAAAUAUUUUUUGUUUAAAAAAGAAAUUGUUUUUGACAGAUGAAGUGACAGAUGAAUUUCCCGCUUUUUCAUAUUACUGUUUUAACUUUAAAGUAAUUUACCAUUCAUGAUGUGUUUAUUUAUUUAUGGAAUAUUGUAUAUUUAUAAAUAAAAAAACAACAUCCAUUAAAUAACUAUGUAUUUGUGAUCAUGUACAAUUUUGUAUAUCACUCCAAUAUAGACACUAUUACAAUAUUAAUUGUUUUGUCACACCAAUAAUUGAAAAAAAAAUUGAAUUGAAUAGUCGGAUAUACAAACUAUUGUGCUUCAAAGAUUUACAUUAAAAUUGUUUGGAAAGAAAUAGUAAUUAUAAAUUGUUAUAAUUAUUUUUAAUUGGACGAAAGUGGGCUACUUCUAAACUUUAUUUAAAUAGUAUACUAUACACAGUAGUAUACAGUAGGUUUAAAUAAAUAUUUGAAUGUGAAAAUAAAAUUACCAUUUGGUAAUAAAUAAAAGUGAUAAUGACAGUGUGUUUGCACUGACUUCUAUUAUAAAAUGAUGGACUGGUAAUCCGAAAGAAUUAAUUAAGCGUGUAAAAAAAUAACCAUAUUUACUAAGAACAAUAAAGAUGGUCCACAAGUUUAAUAUUUUUAAAUAGACACCAAUUGCAAUUUAAUAACUAGACGCUUAAAUCUUUUUAGUGUUUAUCAUCAUUUAUAAUGCCAGGAAACCAAAUCAGCGUUUUAUAAUAGCGAUCAGUAUAGUAUAUGUUUCUUAAAUAUAGCGUGAGUGUAACAAGAAGAGUUUUUCAUAUACACAUACAAGGCGAUGUAUACACGGUCUCUGUGCUACCACAGAGUAGGUUUAGUGAAUGUGUCGUAGCUUGCACCGCUAUCAAGUACAAUAUUAUCGAAACUACUUCAAAUGUAUAUCAUAAUCUCUCAUCAAUACUGUUCGUUUGAAUGGAAGCCGUCUUGGCACAAGCAUGUGUGAUUAACGUAAUUUUAAUAGAAAUACUAAAUCAACGAAAAUUGCAAUAAAUACAAAGUGAGUUUUAAAUAAUAUUAAUGUAAGCUACUGUUUCCGAUUUAUUUUUUUUGAAAAUUGUUAAAGUUUUGCUGUUGAAUGACUUUAAUACUUUUCUUAUUGUUAUUAAUGUAGUUAAUAAAACAAUUGUUGAUAGUUAUGGUUUCAGAUAUUUUUGUAUUUAAAGAUUAUUUCUUUGACAAUCUCGUUUGGGAUACGUGAUAUGCGAACUGUCUGAAAUGCAUUUUGUAUGUGUCAAACUAUAUUUUGCCGUAGCAAAAUGGGUUUAACGGGUGUUAUGCUACACUGCUUCGGGGGCCUACAACCAAUAUAAGAAAAUAUCAAAAUUGACAAAUUGACUAAAAUCCGUACUGGAAGAUUAAGUUUAAAAUCAGUAUCAUAAUAAUAGACGAUUGUAAGUAAAGGGUCACCGAUACAGUGAAGUGUACCACCCAUACUAGUGUAGUAUUUCUUUUAAUUAGAUAAUAUAGGAUGUUUAAUGUACUUGGAAACGUCAUAAUUUUCAUAGAUAUAUUUUUGUAAACUGCAAAUAAUAUAGUAUACUCUUAAGUUUUUCUACAACUUCUGGGUUUUUUUUUUGUAAAUAUUUUAGCGGGCUUUUUGACUACUGUGGUUGUCAAAUCAAACUUUAUUCAUUGAGGAGGGGUUAUUUAAUGUUGGUUUUCGACUAAGUUUAGUAGACGACCAACAUUUUUUGAUCUGUUAGGAAAUUGUAAUUGACUGCAGAUACGUUAUUGCGAUGACAGUAAUAAAAAUUGUUUGAUUUGAUAGCUGAAGAAAGUGAAUACGCCUUGAUUAAUAUGGAUUCAAUUUAUUCAAUGUUUUUCUCGUAUAAGUAGUGUUUCAAGUAAAUUUGCCUUACUCAACGUAUGUACACAUUUUUCAUGUACCUGCUGGUAAUCAGACCAAUAUAAUUACUCAUUUGCAUUUUAAUCUUCGUUGUGUAAGUUUAUUCCAAAAUGAAUAUUGUAUAAUUUAAAUAUAGUGAUUAAAUAUUGAGUAGAGAUGAAAUUUAGUGAUGAAGAAAAUAUUUAAUUUUACAAAAAUAAAAAUUAAUGAUUAAAUAGAA